AUGUCUCUACCGAUCCGUAUCCUCAAGAAUAUAACUAAACCCAGAUUCGCGGCCUUGAGAAGAACCUUUGCCGAUGACGUCGAAGUCUGCCCUAGAAAAAUCGAUGAUGAUCCGUGCAAACCCAGUCGCCAUAAAGGUUUAGUAUUAGGCUAUUACACGAACCCAGACGCGGAUUACGACGUCGGAAAAUUGACUCCGACCGGAGAACGAUACGACCACAUGGUAUGUCAUCGACUCACAGAACUGUUACGAUACGCAGGCCCGCCUCCAGGUAAAAGAGAAGUGCGCGUUUUCUACAACAUCGACGAUGAGUUUUCCAUGGUGGCCGUCAGUGGAUUGGGACGGGAAUGUCAAGGUUACGACGUAUUCGAACAAAUGGACGAAGGAAAAGAAGCCAUCAGAACGUCCGCGGCCACCGGUUGCAAAGCCCUGCAGAAAAUGUCGAUCAAAAGAGCCUACGUCGAAAGUUACGGACACGCGGAAUCGGCCGCUGAAGGAGCUGCCCUCGGAGUUUGGUUAUACCAAGAAAAAAAGAAUAGAAGAUACCAAAUAUUCAUCCCCCAAUUGGAAUUAUACGACGAUUGCGAUUGGACCGGUUGGCAGAUCGGUUUACAGAAAGCCGCGGCUCAAAAUCUAGCCCGACAAUUGAUGGAUACCCCAGCUAAUAUGAUGACGCCGACAUCGUUCGCUCAAAACGCCGUCGAAGUGUUGUGCAAAUCGGGAGUAAACGUCGAAGUUAAAGUGAGAGGAUGGGCGGAAACGCAGAAGAUGUACGCGUUCUUAGCGGUAGCCCAAGGAUCUUGCGAACCGCCGAUUUUCCUCGAGCUCAGCUACUACGGAGCUUGCAGAGACGAAAGACCAGUCGUUUUAAUCGGUAAAGGAAUCACCUACAACAGCGGAGGUUUAUGUAUAAUCCCGUGUAACAAGCAGAGAUACAUGCGAGGUGAUAUGGGUGGAGCGGCUAAUAUUUUAGCCGCUUGCAGAGCCGUCGCUGGUCUACAACUACCGAUCAACGUUAGAGCUUUGAUUCCUCUAUGCGAAAACAUGCCGGGAUGCGCCGCUAUGAGACCUGGUGAUAUAGUCAAAGCUAUGAACGGGAAGAGCAUCAAAAUUGAAUCGACCGAUACCGCCGGAAGGUUAGUUCUAGCAGACGCUUUGGUCUACGCUCAAAACUUCUGGCCGCGGUUUAUCGUCGACGUCGGUACCAUGACCAACGAUAUGAAGCAUUCGUUGGGAGCCGCUGCUACUGGGGUAUUCAGCAACUCCGAGGCGCUUUGGGAAUACAUGUUGGCUUCGUCUAUGCACACCGGAGAUCGCGUGUGGCGGUUCCCUCUGUGGGAUCAUUUCACGAAACUGGUGGCCCACCAUCACGACGUCGACGUGAAGACUUUCGGAAGGGGGGGUCGUCCCAGAUGUGGCGAGGCGUGUAAAGUAGCGGCGUUUUUGAACGAAUUCGUGCCGUGUGGUGAUUGGAUACAUCUCGAUACCUAUGGGGUUAUGUUAUCUAACGGAAAAGAUUUUGCAUACCUACGGAAAGGACUUUCCGGACGACCGACUCGUACUCUAGUCGAAUUUUUGUCUCAAUUAGUUUGUCAUCGCGAGUAAAUUUUGAAACGUACCAAAAAAUAGAGUCUAACGUUUUUACGUGUAGUCCCUUUUU